UUUUUUCAGGUGGCGAGUUGUUGAAUGAUGGCAGCCUCCUCCUCUCAGCAGGAUUUUCAAAGCUGGUUGGAGGAGGUGAGUGUGAAAUUCAAUCAGUUAAGUGAUGAACAACGCAACCAGACUGUUGAUCGUAUCAUAACACUCAGUGGAGCAAUACAGCUGCGUCAUCUUUAUAAUCGUCUUGAACACUUGGUAUGUCGUGACUUUCUGAAAUUACUACCACCAGAGUUACAAGAACAGUUGUUACUGUAUUUAGAUCCAAAGACUUUGAUGGUUUGUUGUUCUGUAAGUCAUACAUGGAAUCAGGUUAUUAGCUCUUCUGUCAAGGCUUGGCAACAGGCAUGUACUAGAUUUGGUUUCCGAGUUGACAGAAACUUUCUCAGUGGAGAUGGACCAUAUUGGAAACAGUUUUUCAUUGAAAUGAACCACAGAAGACUAGAAUUAAAGAAAGGAAAAUGUUUUGACCAUCAAGUCUAUGAUCGUGAUCUCCGGAAAGUGACUGCUGUGUAUUAUGCUAAAGGGAAAAUUGCCACAGCUUCUGAAAGCAAAAUUAUUCAGCUAUGGGACUGUGAAACUGAUGUGUGUUUAUUGAAGCGGAGGACCUAUGCCAGUGUAGCAUCAAUCAAAUUUGACCAGAAUUGGAUAAUAGUGUCAUCGUACCUUGGUCACCUGAUAUCAUGGGACAUGGUCACGGGUCAGAGAGCAGUGGAAUACCUGCGGCAUGUUGGUGCUGUUUUCACAUUUGAUUACUCAAAAGACUUGGAUGUCUUAGUUAGUGGCUCAGCUGACACAAAGAUAAAGUUCUGGUCGUUGAAGAGAGGAACACUUCUUACAACUCUCCAGGAACACACUUCUUGGGUUUUGAAGGUCAUGCUCUGCUCAUUUCCAAGGUUAGACAACAGUGAUUAUCGGCGUCAUCUCAUGUUUAGCAUGGACAAGAGUAAAGUUAGGGUUUGGGCUGUAAGUCUAGAGUGUGAUGGGAAGGACCCAGAAGGAUUAUAUAUCACUUCUCUGUAUAGUAUUCCACUUUAUACUGAUGAUAUGAAUUUAUUCACACCAGGUUUGCACUUUGACAACACAUUUCUGUAUUUUAUCAGACAGGAUCCUCAUCUAUAUGGCCAUUCCUUGUUGUGUAAAUGGGAUGUGAGGCUAGGUAAAAUGGCAAGAGAGAUCAGACUUAAUGUCAAAGUUAAAGCCUUACUUGGAAUUGGACAGAGAUAUGCUGCUGUAGUUACACCAUUGAGUAAUUUCGGGAGCUCAAACUUUUUUGCAUUUGAUAUGAACAAUUUGGAUCUGGUUGCUGUAUCACAUCUGCCUAGCUCAAGGCCUUCAACACCUGACUGUUCUCAGCUGACAUUAGGUGAGAGUGACUGGUUGAAUGGAUUAGAUGGAAAGAAUGACCAAGGAGUUUUGCUUGCUGCUGGACUUGAAGAUAAUACAGUUUAUCUCAUCAAAUGGUUACCAAGAAAGAAAUUAUCUACAAGUUCAGAUAUCUCGUAAGAGUCCUCUGUGAGGAUGAAGACUGGUGUAACCAGUGCUGUGCUGUUGUGUUUAUAUAUUAUGGAUGUAUACCUGUUUAUAAUACAUAUUUCAUAUGUGUGCUGUUGAGAAAUUGCAUAGUUGAGUUUAGUACCUUAUAAAUUGUAAUUUUGCAUAUUUUUAGAUUAUUUUUAUAGCUGAACUUUCGCCUCCACUAAAUCUAUUUCAAUGAUGUAACAUUUGUUUUGUGUGUUAUCAGUGGUUAGUCUUAUUUUAGAAUUUUGUAUUAAGUAUAAAAUGGCUGAAUUAGUAUAUUUAACUACCAGUUUUUAACAAAACAGUGGAUCUUCCCAAGGGUUAAAGUAAGUUUUCAGAAGGUAUGCAUUCCAUAAGAUCUGGGAUGUAUAUUCCUUGCAUAAGUGUUUUUAAUUUUUUUCUAAAGGCUCUUGAAAAUUGGAUUGGAAUGUAUCAUAAAUUACUUAGGAAAUUAAAAAUGUAGUGAUAUAAUAGAAAACCAUAUAUAUUUUUUUUACAUAAAUAUGUCUUGAAACACACUGAAACAUCUACGUAUUCUUAUUUCAUAUGGUCUUUUAAUAUUUUAUAAACAGAAAUUAACAAAUUUCUGAUACAUUAGUAUUGUAAUUCUAGAAGUUAAUGGUAGUGUUUAAUUUGGUGAAGGGCUACAUUGUACAGAAUUACCAAGACACUUUUUAUUUGAAUAAGCUAAAACUUUACAUAUGUGUAAAUCACUAACUUGUUUCACAUCUUUCUAUAUUGCCUGUUGACUUAAAUUAUCUUUCAUAGUUUAAGGUUUGCUUUUAACCAAAGACUAGUAGAGGUCUUAGGGAAGUAUUUGAUUUUGGAAAGUUUCUAUAAUAUUUCAUUUUCAGACUAGAACUACAUGUACUUUGUUCUCAUUGUAAGGAUGAUUUAUUUUUAGUGGGGGGACAUAGUAAACUAUCAAAUUUUAAAGAUAAUUUCAGACAGUUAGUUUGUCCUUAUACAUAUUCAAACUGAAGAACUUUGAAAUAACAAUGUCACUGUUUACCAAUAAUUUAGCUUUAGAGCCAAGCAGUAAAAUAGGCCUGUUUCUUAAUGAUAUCCAAGUAGAAUAGUUUGCUCCAAUUUGAAUCAUGUUAGACCAAUGUUAUGCUUACCUAACAUGCCUGUUUUAGAUUUUACCAGCAUGAACAUCAUAGUUAAUCAACUGUGUUUUCCUCUAUUGUAGAUUAAUUUGUAUUUGCAUCUGGGUAAAAAUAAACUGUUUCAUUGAGAAAUUCAACUAAUACUGCACACGUAGCAUCAUUAUCAUUUGAAACUCAAUUUGUUUGUUCUUAUAUUUGUCAUUGGUCUUUUGGCUAUCAGUGUAGAACUUUAUUUGUUGAGAGUAGUAGUAGAGGAGUUGUCAGUCACAUAUGCAUCUUUCAUAAUAUAAUUUUUCCAGUACUGCUCCUCCUUCCCCCAAAUAAUAUUUUGUAUAAAAUGCUGAACUCAUGAGUGUGCUGUUAUUUGAAAAGGUUCACUAUUAGUCUAUGGUAAGCUUCAGAGCUUAUAACCCAAAAAAUUGUGUUUGAAUACCUGUGGUGGGCAAAGUGCAGAUAGCCAGUUGUGUAUAGCCUUGCAUUUAAUCACAAACAAAGGAUUUUUCUCAUAUUCAAGAUAUAACAUUAUUAAUAUCAUAGUUAUGGAUAUUAUAUGUGAGUAAAACACUUCAUACAAAUGUUAAGAAAUUUUAUUCCUAACUGCAGUUCUUUCAGUAUGAUUACAGUUUUAUCUGACAGCUGUCUGAUUACAAGACCCACUGAAUUAGUUGGGUAUCUCAGCAAUUUUCUGCUAGUUUGGUUGUAUGUUUAUUGUAAAAGAUUUUUACUGGUCUUUUCUGUGAUAUAAAUGCUAAAGUUCUGAAUGAAUUAGUAGAUUAUUUUAUCAUAUUGUUACUUAUGUAAUAUUUUAAUUUUGGUUUCAUGCUUAUAAUCAGAUUAAUUUGGUUGGUUUAUAAUUUCUGUUUACACAUACCUGAUUUUGUAUUUUUGUCUUUGAGCACUGAAUUAUGUCUAAAAUUAAAAUUCUGAAGUUGAACAUUCUGGAAGCAUCCAAAAAAAGUUAUAAACUGUUGGAGCAUUAACCCUUUAAUGGGUAAAAAAAAAAAGCUGAAAAAAGUUUUAGAAAUUGAACUAAGUGGCUUUGGGUAAAUUAAAUCAGGAAAACACAUAAUUGGCAUUAUUUUAUAUUGUCUUUUAUUUAUACAUCUUUUUUUUAAGGUAUGGCAAAUAUAGCUACAAUCUGGUGGCAACUGUAUGGCCUUAAACUUUUGAAGGGGUUUAACAUAUCAGUUGUUUCUUUAGCAAAUGCUCAUCUUUUCAAACAUUGGCUUGAAGUUUACACAAAGAAGUGGUGUUCAUGUUUACACUACAGUAGUUUUAAGUUUUAUAUACAAAAGGAAUUCUACAAUGGAUAUUUUUUGUUUUACUGAUUGUAAUUUUGUAUAGUGUGUAAUUGCAUAUUUAAUCUCAUUGGCUUUCUUAACAAGUUAGGAAAUCUUACAUGGAUAUUGAAAUUACUAGAAGGUUUUGAAUAUUCAAAAUGAGAUUACAUAUCCCAUUUUCAGUUAUUAAUGCUUAUAUUUUAUUACACUAACACUUUAAAUUAAUUUGUGAUUUUUGCAUAAUUGAGAAUUUGAAUACUUUGUUUCUCAAUGUAUUGCAUCUAAGGUUAUCAAAUAUCAAUACAUUUUUAGAUUAAAGAUUUUGUAUAAGUAUUAGUAAGACUGAUAUAAAUUCUAGCAUAGAAGUUCUUGAGUUCUCUAUAGUUCAGUAUGUUUUUAGACAUUAAAUAAUACUUGGAUUAGAAAGUAAACUGGGUGAUAAAUGUUGCAUUUUAAAAAUAUGGUGAUAAACUAGUACAUGACUGAUGUUUUGUUUUCAUAAGCCUUGUGAUAACAAAGCAGUUACUGGUUUCUGACUAAUAAUAUUACCCUGUGAACAUGGUAUUAAACUAGUUAACAAUACCCGAAUGUUGCUGUAUAAUAGUAAAUAUGAAGACAACAACCAUUUACUAAUUUCAGAAAGUUUGAUGAUAAAUAAACUAAAUAUAAGUUAAUUACUGUUAGAAGAUGAAAUUCUCAAACAGUAAUGAAUUGCUAAUGUUUUAUACCAUUAAACAUACAGUAAUAAACCAGUUACAGAUUACUAAUAAGAUGAUAAACCAAUUUCUAAUUACUUACUGUUAUAUUCUACCAGUCUUAUAGCACUAGGCAAUAAGCAUUUAUCACUUACCAGAUAUAGAAUGUCUAUUAGGAUGUUUGUGAUGUAUCCAUGUGAUGUUGGUAACUCAUAUUUAACUACUGUGGUUUUGUGUAGAUAAGAUGUUGAAUCCGUCAUCUAUACAUAAUAAUUAUACGGUGCAAUGAACUUUGCAAGAUUAUUGCUGGCUAUUGUUAAGGUGAAACAGAUGUAUAUGAUAAUUUAUGGUUUAGUACUUUCAAAUUAUUAUAAUUUCAUUACAAUAUUCUAUAUGAGGGUGCCAAAUGUGCAACUGAAUGAAAAACAUUAAAGCACAUAUGCACAAAUGCUCCAUUUAUAUGUGAAUAUAGCAGCAAAAUUGCAAAUACAUUUUGUUAACCCUGUUGCGAUUCUAACAAUUACAAAAUGCUUGCUAUGUAAGUGCUAUUGUUGGACUUCAAUUUUACAUGCAUAAUUACAUAGAUAUUUCUUUUGCUAGUAUAGCUUGAGUAUAUGAGUACAACUAUUGAGUAUUUUAUUUACAAUUGUUUUAUUAACACUAAUUUUUGCCAGUGAGAAUAAAACUAGUUUUAUGUAUAGACAGGAAUAUGGUUGGUUUCUCACUACUUUGAAGUUAAGGUAUCUAAGUUGGUACAAUAUUUAGUUUGAUUGAAACCACUAUUUUUGAUUACAUGUUCAUAAGUUGUGCAUUGUAUUUUUUCUAUGAUAUGAAGAUUAACAUAAAAAAUAACCCACAAUAUUUAAGACCUAAAACUUACAUGAGUAUUCAUAAGUAGAAAACUGCAGCAUAAGCAACAUAACUUUACAUAUAUACCAUAUCGUAUUAUACAUGUAGGGUGUCCAGAAAAUAUGCUUCUACUUUGAUCAUAUCAUGGAAACAGGUUGGCUUGUCGAACAGCCAUAUUCAUGUACCUGAUAUGUCUUGACAUUGUACAUGUCAUAAACUUAAUAAUCCAUUAGAACAUGUGCUUUGUCAAUUCCAGUAUUAUGGCAGCUGUAACAUUCAAAAAGUGAAUAUAAUCUAUAUAUUAUAUAGAGCUUUCAAGAAGUCCGUGAGUUACUGAAUGUUUUAACAACUCGUAACAACAUUUGCUCACUCAGUUCUAGUAUUAUGGCAGCUAUAACACUUCAGAAAUGAAUACAAUCUAUGUCAUUAUAAAGGGCUCUCAAGAAAUCCAUGAGCUACUGAAUGUCAUCUAGGAAUAUAGCUUGGUGAUUAGUAGAACUUACUAAUCAGUUAACCUACAGACUCAUUAAUUAGUUACAUUUAAUUACUCAGUUAUUACAUCAUCAAAACAAAAAAACUUGUACAGUUAAUAAUCUGGUUUUUUGAUAUCCGAGUUGCGUAGAGCAUAGAUAUUCCCUCAGGUAGAUUUGUGCUUAACAACAAACACAAUGGUAAUUUAUUAUUACUUGGAUAGAUGGAAUAAUCAAAAUAUUAAUAUUUGGAUACCGUACUUUCUGUUAGUUGAUUACUUUUGUGAAUCACAACACCAAGCUUAAUUAACUUGAAUUAAUCAAAAAUAACAAAAAAAAAUCAUAAUAUCCAUACUUUGAUUGCUGGAUAGUUUGAAUAAUCAAAAACUAAUUUUGAUUAGUUGAUUAUUUUUGUGCCAUUAAUCAGUUUAAACGUAAUUUCAAUUAAUGGACUGUUGAAACAAUCAAAAACACAAAUUUCAAUUGAUUAUUUUUGUGACAAGUAAUUUAUUCAAAAACAGUAGUAAGUGGAAGCAUUAAUUUUCAUUAUUUGGUUGUCUUCUUGAUUUUAAUCAAUUUAAGUGUAAUUUCAAUUAAUCAAUUAUUUUACCUGACAUUAAUUGAUGUAAUCAUGCAGCUGUGUCCAGGAAAUAGCUGAUUUUUAGUUCUCUGAAGUGGGAGAAGUGUGAAAUCUCAUUGGAUAAUUGUACUUGUUUGGAAUGGAGGUGAGAGAUCAUAUUGGUUAUAUACAUCAAGAUUGGGGGAGGGGCAUUCUGUUGGAAGAUUAUGUGCAAAAGGAUGGAGGGAGAAGGCAUCUCUUUGAAAGAAUACAUACAUCAGGUUGAGGUACAUUUUCCAUAUUUUUGUUGGUACUUCUGUUGUAUUAUUUCAACCUUUUAAUCUAAUUUUGUAUCAUUAAACAUACAUUUGAGCUUCCUCUAGUAUAGUAGUAACUUUGGUCCUAGUAGCCAUGUGGUAAGACAACCUUCAUUAGUAUUUGAUGCUCAUGGAACAACACAAUAUGACAUUUUUUAGAGCUCAAAAUUAGCAUAAAGCUUGUUGGUUUUAGGUUCAGCCUGACCAUGAAGGGGCACUUGGUUUGUUAGUUGAUAAUCCAGGUAGUUGCUUGAAAUGUCAUUGUUAUAUAAAAUAAUAGUUUUUCUUUCCUAGACACUGGCUUUUUAAAAAUACCGUAU